CACAUUUACUUAAGGUCUCUCGGUCUUUGUCGUACCCAAUCUCCAACGUUCUCUCUCGUUUAUUUUUCAAAAAAUGUCGCCGUCCUUUUGCUCCGGCCGUUUCUCCGUCGCUCUCUUCCUCGUUAUCUCCGCCGUUCCCAUCUCUUACCUCGUUUCCCUCGAGCGAGCCGUUCCUUCCACGCACGUGUUCUCUUACCACAGCUCUGGCUUCUUCCGCGAGUGCGCUAAAUGGGACGACGCUGGCCGGAGGUUCCUCGUCUCCUUCAUGGACGGAGGCGGAAUCGGCGAGGUCGUUCCUUCCGACGACGGUCACAGCGACGCUCUUCGGGAAGUCACUUUGGUCAAAGACGCUGACCUCGCCGGAAACGCUUCCCUAGGAAUCGCUAUCGACCGCGACAGGAACCGUCUCCUCGUCGCCGUCGCCGAUUUGCUUAUGAAUCGUUAUUGCGCUUUAGCUGCUUACGAUAUGUCCACGUGGCGCCGCGUCUUCCUAGCUGAGCUUAGCAGCCAGAGUAAGGAGAAAUCGUUUGCGGACGAUGUAGCUGUUGAUGCACGUGGCAAUGCUUAUGUGACCGAUGCAAAAGGAAGUAAAAUCUGGAAGGUUGAUGUCAAUGGAGAGCUUGUCUCAACCAUUGAGAGCCCUCUCUUCACUCCACCUGGAUGGUACAAUAACCUCGUCGCUCUUAACGGCAUUGUUUAUCAUCCGGAUGGUUUCCUUAUCGUCAUCCACACUUUCUCCGGUCUCUUAUACAAAAUCGACCUAACUGACGAUAAGGUCACUGUGGUUGAAGUUACUGGUGGCACGUUGAGGUUUGGUGAUGGGCUUGAGUUGUUGUCUCGCACUAAGAUUGUUGUUGCAGGCAGUCCUUCUGCGAGAUUGGUGGAGAGCUCGGACGGGUGGCGGACAGCUACUGUGACAGGUUGGUUCAGUACCGGUAUGGUUCACCGGAUAGUCUCGUCAGCUACUGUGAAGGAAGGAAGAGUUUAUCUAAACCAUAUUGUUGGGUUCGGCUCUAAGAAGAGACACUUACUUGUAGAAGCUGUGUUUUAGACUGUUUAGUGUUAAUCUCUUGUUAAGUUAUGUGUGCUAAUGAUCUCUUUAAUGAUUCUAUUGAAAUGAUGUAAAGCCUCUCUUUAUCAAAUUUCAUUUAAUCUCUA